AUGACCAUCCCAAUCGUGGACUCUCAUAUCCAUCUCUUCCCAGCUAGCCAUCUCCCAACACUAGCCUGGUACACUGCAGACAGCCCCCUUGGCGCACAACACAGUGUCAACGAAUACAGACACGCCUUUUCUCCCCUGAUAACGAGUACUACCGACAAAUACCUCGGUGGCUUUAUAUUUCUCGAAACAGAUCGCAUCUCCUCGAUAAAUGGAAAUGACCCAGGACGAGGAUGGCAAUACGCCUUAGACGAAGUAUCUUUUCUCUCGCGCAUCGCGACCGGACAGCCACUUCCUGGUGAAGGUCAUAGCCCUGCUGAUAAAAAUCUGUGUCUGGGUAUUGUCCCUUGGGCACCUGUACCGGGCGGACGCGAUGUGUUGAUGCGUUACAUCAGUAUGGCUCGGGAGCGGACUGGGCCAAAUGUUUGGAAGAAAGUGUGUGGAGUGAGAUACUUGGUUCAGGAUAAACCUGCUGGUGUUAUGCUGGAGGAUAACUUUGUUGAUGCAUUGCGCUGGCUGGGAGAGCAGAGAAUUGCGUUUGAUCUUGGAGUUGAUGCGCGGCAAGGGGGAUUGGGUCAGUUGAGGGAAGCCGUGGAGAUGAUGAGGCGCGUGUAUGAUGGGGUUGGAGAGGAUGGUGUGACUAUUGUUAUAAAUCACCUUUGCAAGCCUAACCUCCGGAUUGGUGCUGAUGAGAUCGAUACUCAUAAAGACUUUCUGGGGCAUUUUUCGGAGCUUCCACCCUUGGAGAGAGAAUCGGAGGCCGAUGUCAAUGACUUGGUCAAUCAUGUGAAGCCCUGGACAGAUGUGGUAUUUGAUGCAUUUGGGCCCGAACGGGUGAUGUUUGGCUCCGACUGGCCUGUGUGUAAUGUUGGAGGUGGUGGAAAUGACAUCUCAUGGAGCAGGUGGCGCAAGGUCGUUGAAGGGAUCUUAGAUCGAAGGGGGUUGACAGAGGACCAGAAACGAGGAGUCUGGGGAGAAGUAGCAAUCAAAGCUUACGGUAUUGAGGCUUAA